GUUAGUUGUCAGUCCUGAACUUUCUUUCCGGCAGCUUUCCGUGUGCUUGCCGUCUGAAAUCUUCUUAAAGCUCCCGAAUAUGACAGCCUUUGAGCUUCCUCAAACUUAGAGCCUAAACGGACGAGAAGCAACCGUUUCCGAGUUCCCCCUUUAGGGGCUGCCGGGGGUGCGGGCACGCCUGCCGCUGCCCCAUACCCAGGUGCCGCCUGCCCGGGGUGCCCGGCGGGGAGCGCGGCGGCCCGGCCCGCAGGUGAGCCCCUGCCUCCCGCCGGGCCCGGGGCCGCGGCUCCCGGCACAGGGGCGCCCGGCGGCGGCUCGCACGGGGCUGGGGCGCCCGGCCCGCCCUGGCCCGCCCCGGCCCGCCGGCCCCGCCCCGAGCCGCCCGGCGCCGUGCCGUGCCGAGCCGAGCCGAGCGGCGGGCAGCAUGCGGAGUGCCGUCAGUGCCGGAGUAACAUGCUUGGAAGUACUUGGUAGGGUGGAUCACCUGUACCCCAGCACGAGAGCUCCAGUUUAAUACCUGUCAAACACUUCUCAGAACAUGGGGGAAAACGAUGAUGAGAAAUACAGUCAAGCUGGCCAGAUAUUUGAAAACUUUGUACAAGCGUCAACAUGCAAAGGUACCAUUCAGGCCUUUAAUAUUCUCACUCGCCAACUUGAAUUAGAUCCUUUGGACAAUAGAAACUUCUACACCAAACUGAAGUCAAGAGUGACCACAUGGAAGGCCAAAGCUUUGUGGAACAAGCUUGAUAAAAGAGCGAGUCAUAAAGAAUAUAAACGCGGAAAAUCCUGUAUGAACACUAAGUGUUUAAUUAUUGGAGGUGGCCCAUGUGGCUUGCGGACUGCCAUAGAACUUGCUUUCUUGGGAGCCAAAGUCGUUGUCGUGGAGAAGCGGGACACUUUUUCAAGAAACAAUGUAUUGCAUCUCUGGCCUUUUACAAUUCACGACCUCCGGGGACUGGGAGCAAAGAAAUUUUAUGGAAAAUUCUGUGCAGGAUCUAUUGAUCACAUCAGUAUUCGACAGCUUCAACUUAUCCUCUUCAAAGUUGCACUUAUACUAGGAGUUGAAAUCCAUGUGAAUCUAGAAUUCAUGAAAGUCCUGGAACCUCCUGAAGACCAAGAAAACCAAAAGAUUGGUUGGAGGGCUGAAUUUCUCCCCAUGGAUCACCCUUUGUCAGAGUAUGAGUUUGAUGUUAUUAUUGGUGCAGAUGGCCGCAGGAACACGUUAGAAGGUUUCAGGAGGAAGGAGUUUCGUGGAAAGCUGGCUAUAGCUAUCACUGCCAAUUUUAUAAACAGAAAUACAACUGCAGAAGCUAAGGUAGAAGAAAUUAGUGGUGUUGCUUUCAUCUUCAAUCAGAAGUUCUUCCAGGAUCUUAAAGAAGAAACGGGAAUUGACCUGGAGAAUAUUGUUUACUAUAAAGAUAGCACUCAUUAUUUUGUGAUGACAGCAAAAAAGCAGAGUCUUCUGGACAAAGGAGUGAUUAUUAAUGACUAUAUUGAUACUGAGUUUCUCCUCUGUGGGGAAAACGUGAACCAGAGCAAUUUGCUGUCCUACGCCAGAGAAGCUGCUGACUUUGCCACCAAUUACCAGCUGCCUUCCUUGGAUUUUGCAAUUAACCACUAUGGGCAACCAGACGUAGCAAUGUUUGAUUUCACUUCCAUGUAUGCAUCUGAAAAUGCUGCACUAGUGAGAGAGAGGCACAGACAUCAGCUCCUGGUGGCACUUGUUGGAGAUAGUUUGCUUGAGCCCUUCUGGCCAAUGGGUACUGGCUGUGCAAGAGGCUUCUUAGCUGCUUUUGAUACUGCAUGGAUGGUGCGGAGCUGGGCUCAAGGAAAACCCCCGUUAGAAAUUCUUGCUGAACGAGAGAGCAUUUAUCGACUCUUGCCUCAGACUACCCCUGAAAAUAUUAACAAGAAUUUUGACCAGUAUACAAUUGACCCAGGAACAAGAUAUCCAAACUUGAACUCAAGCUGUGUUCGACCUCACCAGGUGAGACAGUUGUACGUUACCAAUGAGUUACAACAAUGUCCUCUUGAAAGAGUAAGCUCCAUUAGAAGAUCAGUGAAUCUCUCAAGGCAUGAGUCAGAUAUUCGACCUAACAAGCUUUUGACCUGGUGUCAGAAACAGACAGAAGGGUACCGUAACGUUAACGUCACAGACCUGACUACCUCCUGGAAAAGUGGCCUUGCGUUGUGUGCAAUUAUCCAUCGCUUCAGACCUGACCUCAUCGACUUUGAUGCUCUGAACGAAGAGGACGUUGUCAAAAACAACCAGCUGGCAUUUGACGUUGCUGAGCAGGAGUUUGGGAUCCCCCCUGUGACCACGGGGAAGGAGGUGGGGUCGGCCGGGGAGCCCGACAAGCUCAGCAUGGUCAUGUACCUCUCCAAGUUUUAUGAACUGUUCAGGGGCACACCUCUGCAGGCAGUAGAUGCUGAUGACAAGCAAAAUGGAGAAAAUAAUGAUCUUUGUUCAGCAAAAUCAUCAAACUUCAUCUUUAAUAAUUAUAUCAAUUUAACUUUACCAAGAAAACGAGUACCAAAGGUUGAAGGGAAAACGGAAGAAAAUGAGACUAACAAAAGACGUCGAAAAGGUCUUUUUGGUGUCUUUGAGGAGGCUUCAGGCUUUUCAAGCCAAGGGACAAAUACUGGGAAAGAACAGAGUGAUGUCAGAGAAGGAACAAACCAGAAUAAAGUUAAAUCAAUGGCGACUCAACUGUUGGCAAAGUUUGAAGAGAACGCUCCAAAUACAAUUUUUCGGAGGCAGGAGCUGAUAGAUAGACCAGCCCUGCCUUCUUCUGACCCUCCUGUUAAUCCUCGCUUUGCUAAACCUAAGGAUCCAAGUCUUCUUCCACCUCAACCAAAAAGGCAGAAAAGAGCUCAGACCAUAGCAAAUAGGGAAUUCCAUAAAAAGAACAUUAAAGAGAAAGCAGCGCAUCUUGCCUCAAUGUUUGGAUACAUGGAGUUUCCAAAGAAUAAGCUACCUACUAAAGGCUUAUCCCAUUCUCAGCCCCCAACUCUCUCUUGCCCUCCACCUCAUGAUUCAGCUGCUACCUCUUCUCCAUCAUCUGCCGGUUCAGCUUCCCCUGCUGUUCCUUCUAGACAGAUGACUGUAGGAAAGGUCUCAUGUGCAAUUGGAGCUGUGGCUGAAGUUCUUGUCAAUCUGUAUGUGAAUGAUCACAGACGCAAGCCACAGCUUAACCCCCUUGAACUGGGAUCUCUGCGAAAAGAAUUUCCUCACUCUAUCGGGGGGAGUGACAUUUGUUAUUUUUGCAAAAAACGGGUAUAUGUUAUGGAGCGGCUGAGUGCAGAAGGCCACUUCUUUCACAGGGAGUGCUUCAAGUGUGAAAUAUGUUCUACAACACUCCGUUUAGGAAUUUAUGCCUUUGAUGUUGAAGAAGGCAAAUUUUACUGUAAACCUCAUUUUACGCACUGCAAAAUCAGUACUAAACACAGAAAGAGAAGAGCAACGUUACAGAUCCAAGGAAAGGAGGCAACAGAAGCAUGGAAGAAAGAGGAGCCCAAGACCGCAGAGACCACCACAGAAAACACUUUGUCUACUGAUAGCAGUCCAGAGGACAGGUCCCCAGGCUGCUGCCUGCCCACAACUGAUGAGUCCACCUCUCCAAAGAAGGCGAAGAGCAUCCCCGAGCGCCGCGACUUGGAGAGCUGGUUCUCACCCCCUUCCCCGGAGUGGGCCACCGUGAGGGUCAUCCCUGAGGAGGAGAUGACUGAGCACAACCUUCUUGCUAUCCGAGUCAUGGUCACCAGUGAUGCAAGCAGCUCUGAGCUGGAGUCUGAUUUUAAUGGUGACUUACCAAACUCUGAAGUGAGUGAAGGACGGACCUUGCUGCCGGAGCCCCCUGCCUGCCCGAGCUCUGUCCAGAGGUGGGCACCACUUGCCAGGAGCCCUGUGGCACUGGAGGAAAGCCCCAAAACAUCCAAAGUUGCUGAUGCGUUACAGAGAGCCAACAGUUUUCACACCACAGCAUUAAAUAAGUAUCAGAAUUGGAGGAGAAAACUCCAAACAAGCUUCCCUCUACUGUCCAGCAAGAAACCAGGGCUACACUGGAAGGACAGCUCAGCCAGCUGUCAAACUGGUCCUGGGGAGGAUCACUCCCAAACACAGUUGGCUUCUUACAAGAAACCACCAGAAGUUACAAGAGGACAUUUCAAACCCUACAGCCCAGUAUUUCAAAGAAAAGAAAAAGCCAGAGAGAUGCCCGAAGACAUCUGUCUCUAUGUGCCCCAUUGUCCUUCUCAGAGCAGCACCAGAGGUUCUCCAUGGACCCCUCCUGGGAAUGGGACACUGGCUACUGAUCUUUCUGAGCCUGAAGAUAUGGAUAGUGACAUUAAGACAUACAGAGUCCAGGGCUGGAAGGAAAAAACCCAGAAAUAUACCUCUGAACCAGAAGAUUUUAAUAGGAAGACAAAAGCACUGUCAUCUCUGGGUUUGAAAGAGAAAGAUGGCAAAAAUACAAGGCACCCAGAAGAAAAGCUUGAGCAAGAAUUAAAGGAGGCCAAAAAGAGGCUAGUGCUUUGUACUCAACAGCGACCCUCGUCGUGUGAUUCAAAAAGGAAAGACUUGGGCAGAACCAGUCCAGGCUGUCCAAACAAAGGAGCGCUGCGGACUUCAGAGGAAAAGGAUGCUGACUGGAGAAAAGACGUGUUCAAACAAUCUGGUUGUCCUGUGCCUCACUUAUUUGCAGAUGAUGCUCCACCAGCUUUGCCAGUUGAUACUAAAGAUGUUCUGAGGAGUCCAGAUGCAGUUGCCAGGGAGCACGCAGCGGGCCGGCCCAAAUCACCACUGAGGCUCAUAGCCAAUGCUAUCAAAAGGUCCAUUUUGGAGCCUCUAACCAUGUCUCCAGAAGGACUAAAGCAGGACUUAGACAGCAAAGUCAAAGCCUCUUCAGAACAAGCUUUCUUCAGCUUCCCCAGUACUCCUGGCUAUUCCCUAAGCCAAAUGAACAGUAACAACAAUAGAGCAAGUAACACUCAGCCACAGGAGCUUAAAGUAGGGGAGUGGGCAGGACAAUAUUUAGGAAAUGGGAGCUGUUUCUCAAAUUCAUCUAAUUUUUCUGUCGGCUCUGAAAAGAAAUUGCUAAGGGAUUACAGUGAGGAGGUAUCCUUCCCAGUCUACAGUCCUCACACCAGGCCUUCCCAGAGAACCAGUAUACCUCAGACAUCGUCUUGCACUAGGAUGGAGGAUGUCCCAGGACUCCUAGAAAAGUUUACCUUCAAAGAGACUCCUCCAGGGGCUCCUAUGGAUGACGUGAUUAUAUGUAAUGAAAAGUACUUCCUUCUUUCAUCUCCAGAGCCCAAGAACACCUCCAAGGACAAUCUGGAUGACUCUGAACAGAAGGGUAGUAUAGGGUCACUCUUCGAUAGACUGAGAGGUAAAGUUCAUGACAGAGAAGGGGGCUCCCUUGUGUCAUCCCUGCCUUUCAUGAAGAACCAUUCUCCAGAAGACAGGCUAUGUUAUCCUUCCACAGGAUGCGAACACCUACCUGUCAGAAAACAAGCUACCGAGUAUUCUAGUUCUUCCUCUGAUGAUGAAUUUGAAUCCAAGCCGUCAUUUACACACAAGGCAAAAAGGGCUCUCAGAAGGAGAAGGAAGCUGGAGAAGGAGACAAAGCAAUUGAUUAAACAAGAGGAGCUGAAGAGGCUUCACAAAGCACAGGCAGUCCAACGUCAACUGGAAGAAUUGGAGGAAAGACAAAGAGCUCUGGAGAUAUUUGGUGUCAAACUGGAGAGAGAACUAAGAGGAGAAUCAGAUUCAGGCACAAAGGAUGAAACUCAGAUGCUACAUGAAUGGUUUGAGCUGGUCCUGGAGAAGAAUAAAUUAAUGCGUUAUGAGUCUGAGCUCCUGAUUAUAGCGCAAGAGCUAGAACUGGAGGACCACCAAAGCAGGUUGGAACAAAAGCUGAGAGAGAAAAUGGCCAUUGAUGACAGCCUUAAAGAUGAGAUGGAUCUGAAUGAGGAGAAUGAAAUUUUUACUGAGAUGAUGAAAGUGGUUGAAGAAAGGGACAAACUUGUGUCUACCUUAGAGGAGCAGAGAGUGAAAGAAAAGGCAGAAGACCAGCACUUUGAAAGCAUUAUAUUAUCUAGAGGCUAUCAGCUGAGCAGGAUUUAAACAGCCACAUGCAAAUAUACAUGAUUUCAGCAAUAUCCGGAAUCAUGGACAUAUGGUCUUCUGAAAAAUGAAGGAACUCAAAUAUAAGAUCAGUUUAUUUGGGAAACAUGUUGUUUUGUUAUCAAAAGCUGUUAAGCAGUUCUUUUGCUCAUACCGGAGUGAGCUGUUUCACUAUCAGCUUAAAAAAGGGUCACUGGAAUACAGGAUGGGACUGAAUUCACCUGUCUGGUGGGCAUCAGAAUCUGCGAAAGGGAAAUCAGAGCUCUGCUGUUUUCUUGGAAUUUUAUUUUUAUGCUGCGAAGAGAGUUUCUGAGAACCAUGAUGACAUAAUUUAAUUUUUUUGAGAUGACACUACUUUCCAUCUCUUUGUCUGAAUCUGUAUGUGGGUUUGUUAAUAUCGGGGCACAGCCAACCCAUGGUGACCUAUUUAAAGGUCAGAAAGCAAGCAUCUUAUAUAAAAAUAAGGCUAGUUUUUAUUUGUGGUGAAGGAAGGGUCAUUUGACUAAUAACUACUUAUAAGCACUUAUUAAAACUACUGUAAAUGCAAUGUCAGAAAUUAAUUUUCCAUGUAUUUGUAAGUUUUAGUGUGCCAUGUGUUUUUGAGCAAGAAAUUAAAGCAAUAUUAAAUCCCUAUAUUUUGUAAAAUUGUAAGGGAUUAUCAAAGAGGUGACUACCUUUAAAACUAUUACAUGCUAAAAAAAGCUUUUGUAUGUCACAGAUUAAGGUAUUUAAAAUAUGCUAAAUGAUAAUUUAAAAAUAGUAAUCCAGACCCAAUUAAUAUUUAUAGGGUAAGCUUUACAGUUGCUUGAUAAAAUACUUCACAAAUAUAUUGUAUUAUAGGCUGUGAUGUGCAGUGUAGCAGUUAAAGAUCUCCCUGAGAAUAAUUCCUCAAAAGGAUUGCAAAAAAUCUUAAGUUUCUAAUGUCAAUGUUUGAUAGAAAAUAUUGAGGGUUUAUUUAAACUACGUUUAUCUUGCUGCUUAAGAAUAUAUGCAUAUUUUUUGUUUAAAGGAACUGUCUCCUAUCCUUUUUUUACAUGCAUUUGUAGAUACUGGCAAAGCAGAUGUGUAGAAAUUCUCCUUAUUAUUCGGUGUAAUUUAAGUACUUUCUUCAAUCUGAGAUAACUGCAAUUUAAGAUUAGUAGUAUUCCCAACUGUAUGUAUGAUGCACUAGAUCUUCAAACUGGAAAAACAAGGAGAAACUGAAAGACUGUUUGUUUUGGGUUUUGUUUUUUUUUUAAUAUCCUUUUACCUCAUGCUCUGAGAAAAUUCUGUAUUCUCAUUAUUUCAUGAAUGGUGCUAGUUUGCAGCAGUUGUUUAUGGUACAGCAAAGCUAGAAGCAUUCUUGUUACAAAAGCUUUAAAUUAAAAACCCCUUUUUGUAAGUACCUGAAGGGUAACAGAUGCACUGGAUCCUGUCACAAUAAUUUAUGAAUUAUCUUAAGGUUUUGCUGUAAUUGUAAGAAAUUUAAAAUACCCUUUCUAAAGAUAAAAGCAAGAUUCUACUACUACUGACCACAGGUAAACAAUAUAGCUCUAUUGGUGCAAGGUUCUGUGAUAUUUAUCUAUUUAUAUUUAUUUAUUAGACUGUUUAAAAAGGAUAAGAAUGUCUGUUUAAAUUUUACAGUUCGGAUGCUAUCUCUGAUUUUCAUUGAUAAAUGUGUAGUUCUAACAGCUAUGUAUAGGUAAAGCUGUGCGUUGUAGAGUAGGUAGCUUUAUUGGUUUGGUAAAUAAUUAGUAAUAAAAUACGAGUUAAGAUUUAUAAACAAUGUUCUCAGUUACCAUAACUUGAAGGGACACCCUUAAAACAUAGCAAGAUAUAAUUUGUCUUUCAUCACAGUGGAAAGACAGCAGAAUCCUUGAAUGUGUUCCAGAAUUACCAUCAGAUAUUUUUACCUGCCAUUCAUAGGCUAAGCAUACCUGAUCUUCAGAUUAAAUAUUUAUUGAGAUGGAUUGUGGCAGUUGGUUUUGAAAUGAGCUCAGUUCCUUAAGAUUGACACAAAGUAGGAGCAGGCAGGGCAGCAAUAAAUAUUUUCAUUUUCUCUGUUGAGAUCUGCUGGUAUUUCCAGUUUAGUGAAGAAAAUUUCUGGAUUUUAUCAGAAUCAGAAACCUCCUGUAAUCCCAUAGAACAUCACUGUCAGGACCAUCUAUGACAGUUUUCUUUAGAAAAUGGAGAGUCAUAACGGUUUCAAUGUCUUUUUUAGAAGUUUUAAAGCAAGCUUAUUAGUGCUUUGCAUAGAAGGGGAAUUCAGCAGAAACCUUCAGUUAGAUCAGUGAAAGAUUUUUUUCACCUCACUUUUAUGAUCUAGAAAGGCCUGUUCACCUUAAUGUUGCUGCUGUACAAAGAGGAAGGGCAGCCUCGGAGAAACAAGAUGCCCCUAGUCCUGAGGCGGAGAUCACUUUCCUCUGCCCAAGUCUGGCCUGCUCACCCCGGGGAGAUGCACGUGCUGCAGUCAGGCCAGUUAAGGUUGCUCUGAAUUUUACAUAAGCCCUGAGAUUUACAGCAGAUACCUAUUCAACUGUAAAACCAAAUGCGAAAGGCUGUUUUCCUUUUAGCUUCAGAGAUUUGAGUUCCUGGAAGUAUUCGAGUCAACAGAAGCUGAGCACCAUCAGCAUUUUAGGGACCUCAAAAAUAUUCUUUGCUAAAAAGAUACUUUUCUGGAUGCCAUGUGAUUGUUAACACACGCUCCGCCCAAAGCUGUGGGUCUGCUCUUGGGUGGGAAAACCUGGCAGGCUACUGUUACCCUGGCUGAUACUAAGUACCUCACAAGAUUAGAUCCAGAAUUGAUCGGCGCAAGUGACUUAGAAAAAUAGUAAACUCUUAUUUAUGUCAUUUAAAGCAGGUCUUCAUGUAUUAUGACAGUAGAGGAGGGGAAAAACCCCCAGAAGCUGUGUGCACUGUUCACAGGUCAAUUCAAUGUGGUUGGCUUGUAUUAGAAAUGUAUUUAAACAUUGGUUUGGUUAUGAGUCUUCCUGCUGCUCAAUCUUUUCUGUAAAUUGACUCACUAACUUAUAAUAAUUUGUUCAUUUUUAAGUCCUUGGUGCUGUCAUUUUUGGGUAUUAUGUGAUGUGCUGGAACGUAUUGACUAUGCCUAAAUGGACUAGAUAUGAGCAAUUUUCUAUUUCAACAAAUAAAAUUAUAUCUCACUCCCUGAAGUCCCUGAAUAA